AUGAAAAUGUCUGCCAACGAAAACGAAUCUGUGGAUAUACGACUUUAUGCGAAUCGAAGAUCUAAUUUGAUUGAUUUGGAAGAACUUAACCGUAUGGAAAGACCUAGUCGAGUUUUCAGUAGCCGUCAUCAUUUAUCAAUGCCUCCAGUGUUAACAGAUACAAAUAAUAUGGAACAAAAUGAGCAAUAUCGUAGAUCAAGAGAUUAUACUAGCUAUUUCGAAAACUUAAGUAGUUCGACACGAAUUGGAGGGAGUACAGCAAAUGGAGAUGCUGCAAGAAACCGAUCACCUUUUGUAAGAUUUACUAUUACUGAUCCAGAAACUCAGCAAAUAACAGCAGCGGGGCAAAUUCCAUUGAAUAAUACACCCCCUAAUACUCAAACAUCUAACUCUCUUACAUCAAAUAAUGAGGUAGCUGAUGUAUCAAUUAAUGAGGAAAGUGAUGAUGAACCUUUAAACCUUAAUUAUUGGAGAACUAAUAUUGAUCCAAGGCCUAGCUAUUAUAGUUCAAUGUCACAUGCUAUACAUCAAUUGAGAAACUCUAGAUCAGGAAGACGAUCAAGGAGAUUUACAGACCAUCCUUAUUUUAUAAGAAACAAUUUAGAUAAUAAUCCCUCUAAUAACAGAACUAUCCAUAGGCGUGUUCGUUUUUCAUCUACAAACCGAGGUUACAAUGAUCAUCCUCCUGAUAGAUCACAAACUCCAGAACAAGAACUUCCUGAAGUACUAGAACAUGUAAUGGAGCCUGACAACCAAUAUGAUGAAGUCUAUCAUGGUCAAGAAAGUAUCUCAAGUGCUUCAUCUCAUAAUGAUGCAGAUUCUGGUGAUGAUAGAGGAUCUUCGCAUUUUUCAGCUUCUGAAAACCAUAAUACAAAUGCAGAUGAAGAAAAUAGAGAUGGUAUUCUAGAUGUAUCUAAUGAAACUCCGAGGACAAGAGUUGUUCCAUUUAUUAUGUCACCAACACCUUUUAGCCCAUCACCCGAAUCUCCUCCAGAUACUCCAGAAAUACCAACGACAAGAAUAAACAACAAUUUAGUGGAUACGUCUAGAACAUUAUUGAUAAUUAAUAAUGAUGAUAAUCGUAAUACUGUUUUCAGUAAUCAUGGCUCUAUAUUACCACUUACCGAUUACACUAUUCCUGGCCCAUCUCAGUUCAGACGUGUUGUACAUUCUGACAUACUUAAUAAUGAUAAUGGUUCAGUUAGUAGAACAAUUGAUGUAGACUUAAAUAAUACAGAUAAUGAGAGUGUUAAUAAUUCAGUUAUAAUUGAUGAAAUAGUUGAUUUUAUUAAUGAGGAUAAUAGUGAAACAAUCUCGAGAAUUCCUCAUCCUACAUUAACAUGUGCAAUGCAUAGUAAUGACCAAUCUAGAGCUGCGGAAGAAACAGCACCAGUACGUGUUGAAGAACAUCCAGAAACAUAUGUGGACCUUAACGAUCAGUUAACACGUUUAUUUGAGUGUCCUGUAUGUUUUGAACAUAUUAUCCCCCCCAUUUUUCAAUGCCUACUCGGACAUUUAAUUUGUAACAAAUGUGUACUUAUGUGUGAAAAUUGUCCAACAUGUAGAAAUCCUUUCAACUCAAAACGUAAUCUAUACAUGGAAAAAGUUGGUUAUUUGGUAAAGUUUCCUUGUAGAAAUGCUUUAACUGGGUGUAAGCAGCAACUGUUUGUUGGUCAAAAACAAGUUCAUGAGACAGAAUGUUGUUAUAGACAUUACCAAUGUUUUUUCACUAAUUGUGCUUGGAAAGGUUAUUAUCCUGAAUUGCACUCCCAUAUGAUUAAUAAUCACAAUAACUGCAUUCUAACUGGAUCAGAACAGGCUCUUGAUAUUAUGAUGCCUAAUAAUAAUCAAACAUACAAGUGGUUUUUAUUAUCUCACUGUGAAUAUUUUGCUGUAAUUGCUCAUUCGUCUAUACCACCUAGACGAGUAAAGAUCCAAGUAAAUUUUAUUGGACCAGCAGUAAAAGCAAAACAAUUUAAAUUUUCUAUACAAUUAACUCAGCAUAAAGAACGUAUUGGUGAUGUGUCACAAAAGUUAGUGUAUGGGAGAUCAACUCUUCCAUAUUCAGAAAUCUAUGAGAUGUCUAACAACAAUGGUUUGAAAAAAGAUAUAUUUUCUUUACCUGGUGAAGUGCUAGAGCCAUUUAUAAAAAAAAGACGCCGCCGUCUACCAAUUGUUUUAAAAGUUGGUCCUGAGUCUUGCUUUUGA